GCGCACGGAGACGGCAAUCUCGUUGCUCCCGCUUGACGUCAUCGGCGGGCGCCGCAGCGUGGUGGCGGGCACGCGCCUCCGAAAAGAUGUCUCCGACGCCGCCGCUCUUCAGUUUGCCCGAAGCGCGGACGCGGUUUACGAAGUCUACCAGAGAGGCCCUGAACAACAAAAAUAUCAAGCCAUUGUUGAGUACCUUCAGCCAAUUACCUGGCAGUGAAAAUGAAAAAAAAUGUACCCUUGAUCAAGCUUUCAGAGGUGUUCUAGAAGAAGAAAUUAUAAAUCACUCAUCAUGUGAAAACGUUUUAGCUAUUAUUUCUCUUGCUAUUGGGGGCGUAACUGAAGGUAUUUGUACCGCAUCUACACCUUUUGUAUUAUUGGGAGAUGUUUUGGAUUGUCUUCCUUUGGAUCAAUGUGACACAAUAUUCACUUUUGUGGAAAAAAAUGUUGCUACUUGGAAAUCAAACACAUUCUAUUCUGCUGGGAAAAAUUAUUUACUACGUAUGUGCAAUGAUCUCUUGAGAAGAUUAUCAAAAUCCCAGAAUACAGUCUUCUGUGGACGAAUUCAACUCUUUUUGGCCAGGCUUUUCCCUUUAUCUGAGAAAUCAGGUCUUAACUUGCAGAGUCAAUUUAAUCUGGAAAACGUCACUGUUUUCAAUACCAAUGAGCAGGAAAGCACCCUGGGUCAGAAGCACACUGAGGAUAGAGAAGAAGGAAUGGAUGUAGAAGAAGGUGAAAUGGGAGAUGAUGAAGCUCCAACAACUUGCUCCAUUCCGAUUGAUUACAACCUGUAUCGAAAAUUCUGGUCACUUCAGGAUUACUUCAGGAACCCUGUGCAAUGCUAUGAGAAGAUUUCAUGGAAAACUUUUCUUAAGUAUUCUGAAGAAGUUCUAGCUGUUUUUAAGAGUUAUAAAUUAGAUGACACUCAGGCCUCCAGGAAAAAGAUGGAAGAAUUAAAAACAGGAGGAGAACAUGUAUAUUUUGCAAAAUUUUUAACAAGUGAAAAGUUGAUGGAUUUACAACUGAGUGACAGUAACUUUCGUCGACACAUCUUGUUGCAGUAUCUCAUUUUAUUCCAGUAUCUUAAGGGGCAGGUCAAAUUCAAAAGUUCAAACUAUGUUUUAACUGAUGAGCAAUCACUCUGGAUUGAAGAUACUACAAAAUCAGUUUAUCAACUACUAUCUGAAAACCCCCCUGAUGGAGAAAGAUUUUCAAAGAUGGUAGAGCAUAUAUUAAACACUGAAGAAAACUGGAACUCAUGGAAAAAUGAAGGCUGCCCAAGUUUUGUGAAAGAAAGAACAUCAGACACCAAGCCAACAAGAGUAGCUCGCAAGAGAACAGCACCAGAGGACUUCCUAGGGAAAGGACCCAACAAAAAGAUUCUAAUGGGAAAUGAGGAGUUAACAAGGCUUUGGAAUCUCUGUCCUGAUAAUAUGGAAGCUUGCAAAUCAGAGACAAGGGAAUACAUGCCAACUUUGGAGGAAUUCUUUGAGGAAGCCAUUGAACAGGCAGACCCUGAAAACAUGGUUGAAAAUGAAUACAAGGCUGUGAACAAUUCAAAUUAUGGUUGGAGAGCCCUGAGACUGUUAGCACGGAGAAGCCCUCACUUCUUCCAGCCAACCAACCAGCAAUUUAAAAGUUUGCCAGAAUAUCUCGAAAACAUGGUAAUAAAGCUAGCAAAGGAAUUACCACCUCCUUCUGAAGAGAUAAAAACAGGUGAGGAUGAAGAUGAGGAAGAUAAUGAUGCUUUACUGAAGGAAAAUGAAAGCCCUGAUGUUCGCCGAGACAAACCUGUAACAGGGGAACAAAUAGAGGUGUUUGCCAGUAAACUGGGCGAGCAAUGGAAGAUCCUGGCUCCCUACUUGGAAAUGAAAGACUCGGAAAUUAGACAAAUUGAGUGUGAUAGCGAAGACAUGAAGAUGAGAGCUAAGCAGCUACUGGUCGCCUGGCAAGAUCAAGAGGGAGUACAUGCAACACCUGAGAAUCUGAUGAACGCACUGAAUAAGUCCGGAUUAAGUGACCUUGCAGAAAGUCUAACUAAUGACAAUGAGACAAAUAGUUAGCUUCUUUCUUUCUUUUCUUUUUUUUAUUAAAACUGUGAUAAGAUUUUGUUACCAAGCAGCAUUUGAUAAGAGGUCCAAUGGUUUUGGUAAACAAUAAACAUUUUUAUAACAGUUGUUGUACAGUUGGCUGGUGCUCCACGAACAACAGAAGGCGUAUUGGCUCUUGAUAACUGACCUCAGGGUUUCAGGCGAAGGGAGUACGUUGAGAAAAUGGACAAAAUAAAGCGACCUCAAGAUCACAUAUUUUUUGUUAAAAUAUUUAUAAUGAAGUCAGUAAGCAAUAUUUAGGGAGCAUGGUGUUUCCUAAGAUACACUAUGCCAACUUCGUUUCCUACAUGCCAUUAGUAGUUAUAAAAUCUAACUUGCUGUUCUGAAAAUCCCACAAUGA